AUGAAUGCCCCUGAAUUACUCCCGGCUUUCGUUGAACAUGAUAUUGAAUCUUCUGAUCUAUCCCAAAAUCAAGGAAAAAAAAAUCCUGCAUAUGUUGAAAAUUGCGAUGAGUCCUCUGUUGAAGACAAUGAUGAGUUGCCACAACCAAAAAAUAAAACCCAAAUUUUAACUAACAAUAAUCCUGAUGAUGGUAUUAUGAAAAAGAGACAAAGAAACCAAUUGCAACAACAAUCUGAUAAUGUUUUGGUAUCUGAAGAAACAGACAAAACCAAUCUCCUCAUGGUUGAUGACUUUAAUUAUUCCAUAAUCAUUUUAGAUUCAAAAUUAAACUCCCUAUAUAAACUUUGCAGAUUUUUUGGAGAUCAACAACAACAAUUUUCUAAAGAUUUAUGA